CAAUCAACACCGGGGUUUUAUCUCUGCACAUUUCAUCCGCUCCUCGCCUCGUCUCCCUCUCCGAACCCUAGCAUUCGUUCUCUCCUCCCAGCCGCCGCCCCCGCCCCCGCCCCCGCCGCCGCCGCCGCAGCGAGCACGCGGUCGCAGCCAUGUCUGGGAGGAAGAAGACUCGGGAGCCCAAGGAGGAGAACGUGACGCUCGGCCCCGCCGUCCGCGAGGGCGAGUACGUCUUCGGUGUCGCGCACAUCUUCGCCUCCUUCAAUGACACCUUCAUCCAUAUCACGGAUCUGUCCGGGAGGGAGACGAUGGUCCGCAUCACUGGUGGCAUGAAGGUCAAAGCUGACCGUGACGAGUCAUCCCCUUACGCAGCUAUGCUUGCAGCUCAGGAUGUUGCACAGAGAUGCAAGGAGCUUGGAAUCACUGCUCUGCACAUUAAGCUCCGUGCUACUGGUGGAAACAAGACAAAGACUCCGGGCCCUGGUGCUCAGUCUGCGCUUAGGGCUCUUGCACGUUCUGGCAUGAAGAUUGGACGCAUUGAGGAUGUGACUCCAGUCCCAACUGACAGCACGCGAAGGAAGGGUGGUAGGAGGGGAAGGAGGCUGUAAUUUCGUGCAGAAGCAGACGCAACCUGGCCGUGCAACCUGUUUUGUGCUUUGUUUGUGAUGCUAGCAACAGAUUUCAUGGAUUUAUAAGUUUUGAGCUACCUUGUAUCGGAUGGUCUUAACAUUUUCCUCGUGAACGAGUUGCUGGCCUGCUUUUGGCUGCACAUUCUCCAUGUUAUAAGUUAGCUGUUUUGUUAGUAAUCUGCGAA